AUGGCUCAGGUCACGCUUAUCACGUUCUUACAGCAGCCACUGGCGGCAGUUCCGGUCCACCCCCCACCCCAGCUAGGCCGCAACACUACCAAUCAAGCAUACAGCUAUCUCGAUAUCCGUGGGCUCCAGAUCUGGCAGGGCUUUAAUCUCGAGACAAUUCUCCAGCAGUACCAUAAUGUCUUGAACGGCGCGGUGAUCGCGGCCGGGCCACCGGGAGUUGGAAAGACUUUCACUGUUGAGGCAACUUCUGAGCGGUUUAGGCUCCCUCUCUAUUCGAUAUCGGCGGGCGAAUUGUUCGCCAAUCAUGGCGAUCCUCUCAAGCUGGACGUGACACUUGACCGAAUCUUCAAGAUCGCUAGGCACUUUAAUGCGAUCUUGCUGCUAGAUGAAGCAGAUGUUUUUAUUGAAAAGAGGUCGGCAUACCAUGAUGGCCACAAUCACCUCGUGACGGUUUUCCUUCGCAAACUCGAAUACUACAAAGAAAUCCUCUUUCUCACAAUCAACUGUCUGAUUGAGUUCAAUGAAAUGUCUACAGAUGAACCACCCACAGUCAUUGAAGGUCACGACCUCAACUGUUUGGAAUCAAUUGUUCUGAAUGACAGAGAUAUCAAAAAUAUUACGUCUGUCGCCCAUGCGUUGGCUAUGGUUGAGGGAACGCAUGUGACAUACAAACACAUGGAAUUCGCCGCGAAAUCGAAUGACAAAUUCGUCGACGAGUUCAACAACUACGGUCGGACGGAAAGCUUGUACACAUAG